AUCAUAAUGGGCUGCUCUCCAAGGAUUUCCAGUAUCAGUUUAUGACACACACCAGUCAGGCACCACCCAUUGACAUGAAUGGAGGGGGGAACGGGGUUUGUACUUCCUGUGUAACUGAGGGAGGAGCACGGUACGUACACUGCGUGACCACAACUUUACAGCCUGGUCUGCCCUAACUUCACACUGCUUCGCUGAGUGUUCUGGUUGGGGAGCUUGAGCUGCCAACAUGCAUUACUAUCGCUACAGCACCGCGGAAGUUAGCUGCUGUUACAAGUACCUUCUCUUUAGCUACAACAUCAUAUUUUGGCUGUCUGGUAUGUUACUGCUGGGAAUUGGCCUGUGGGCUUGGAGUGAAAAGGGAAUUUUGUCUGAUAUAACAAAGGUGACGCGACUUCAUGGUUUUGACCCUGUGUGGUUGGUCCUAGUAGUUGGGGUCAUUAUGUUCACACUUGGAUUCGCUGGAUGUGUGGGAGCCUUGAGAGAAAACAUUUGCCUUUUGAAGUUUUUCUGUGGCACCAUUGUGCUGAUCUUUUUUAUGGAGCUGGCAGUUGCAGUUCUGGCUUUCCUUUUCCAAGACUGGGUGAGAGACCGUGCUAAGGAGUUUUUUGAGAACAACAUAAGAGCUUACCGAGACGAUAUUGACCUGCAGAACCUUAUAGACUCCCUACAGAAAGCGAACCAUUGUUGUGGUGCUCAAGGACCAGAUGACUGGGAUUUGAAUGAGUAUUUUAACUGCACUGGUGGGAACCUCAGUCGAGAGAAAUGUGGAGUGCCCUUCUCCUGUUGUAUAGCAGACCCAGCUCAAUCCGUUGUGAAUACUCAGUGUGGUUAUGAUGUCCGUAAAAAGUCACCCGCAGAGAGAGCAACGAUAACCUACGUAAAAGGCUGCAUAUCUGCUUUGGAGGCAUGGCUACCUAGAAACAUAUACAUUGUGGCUGGAGCUUUUUUGGUGAUAUCCAUUUUACAGAUUUUUGGUAUUUACCUGGCUCGGACACUUAUGUCUGACAUUGAAGCCGUAAAGGCCGGAUACCGGUUUUAAGCUCGAACCUGUAGACUGGAGGCCUUCAGAGAAAUCUCUGUACAACUCCUACUCCUGUAGACCUAUGUUAUCCACUGGAGACUCUUGAGCCAACACCCUGGUUGUCCUGCAUCUUCAAAGCGGAGGCUUGGAACGCAUAAAGAAGGCCCGUUUAUCAACAUCUUUGGAGUAUGAGAGUGAAGUUCCUCCAAUAGCGUCUGUAUGUAGUUUCUUCAUGAAACUUCCUCCCCUCUUACCUGCUGACUGAGGCACAAUGAAAUACUCCCAUGGCUUGUGGGGCUAUUAAGGGAUUGUUUGAUGUGUGAAGCCUUUUCUUCGCAGGACACAUUAUGGAUUUAGCUCUGGUUUGUAUAAAUGACUGUGAUGUUGUUGGACCAUAACCACUGCCAUAUUUGGGUGACUUCUAUAUCCUUAAUACAAAGGGCAGUCCCCAGUGUGUGUAUGGUGUAUUGCGUACAUUUCUUCUUCUUCUAGAUGCAUUUACCUUGCUCCUGGUCAUAAUUUCCAAUUGCCUGCCCCUUGCA